CGUGUCGGACGCACCACACGUAUGCUCGUCCAGGAGUCGAAUGGGAUAAGUGAAUUGCUGGUUUUAGAUCGUGUGGCGUUGCUUAUUUUGUCUUAAGAGAAACUUCUAGGGAACGGCUCGGCCUACUCUCUCCUUCCUCCGUGUCCUGCGGGUCAGGCUUCCGAGCGAGGGUCCCAGAAGGAAGACGAGACCGAGAGAGAGAAAGAGAGAGAGAGAGAGAGAGAGAGAGAGAGAGAGAGAGAGAGAGAGAGAGAGAGAGAGAGAGAGAGAGAGAGAGAGAGAGAGAGAGAGAGAGAGAGAGCAAGAAAGGAAGAAAGAAAGUGAAAGAGAAGAGUCCCCCGGCAGGAUGUUCGACCGCACCCUUGGGAAAUUUGUGUCCUUCGCAUUGGUCCCCCUGGUUCGUCUGCUGCUUGUAGGCGUGGUCAGGGAAACAGGCCACGCCCCUUUCGAGCUGCACGUCCCUCUCGACCUGAGUUACGACUUUAUUGUAGUGGGCGGCGGUUCCGGAGGCAGCGUCGUGGCGUCAAGGCUCUCGGAGGUGGCCGGCUGGCGCGUGCUGCUCCUCGAGGCUGGAGGCCCACCAGCCCCCGAGAGCUAUGUGCCCGCCCUCAACUUCCUCUUCUUCCUGCCAGAGAAUUCCAACUGGGAGUACACCAUCGCGCCGCAGAAGCACGCACUCAAGAGCUUCGUCGGGAGGAGCGGGCGCCUAAUCCAGGGAAAGACGCUGGGCGGAUCCUCCUCCAUCAACGGAAUGCUCUACGCCCGCGGCAACAGGCGGGACUACGACCAGUGGGCGUCCUUAGGGAAUCCUGGCUGGGACUACGACACCAUCCUUCCCUAUUUCAAGAAGGCUGAAGGCUAUCGAGGCGGCCAUCUUGGCGAAAACGGAUUCGCACCCUUUGACUAUACAAUUGGAGAUGGGAUUCGAUGCUCCACGGCAGAGUGCUACCUGAAACCCGCGGCGUCUCGGCCCAACUUGCACACUCUCCAUAGCGCCACUGUUUUUAAGAUCUUGUUUAAUGAGAAACGUGCGAUCGGCGUGCUGUUCGAACAUAAUGGAAUGCUGAAGGUUGUAAAAGCUCGCAAAGAGGUAAUACUGUCGGCAGGCUCUCUCUCCUCCCCCAAGGUGCUCAUGCUGUCUGGCGUCGGGCCUGCCAAGCACCUCCACCAGCAUGAGAUCGACGUCGUGGCGGACCUGCCCGGAGUGGGUCGCAACCUCCAGGAUCACCUCAACGUCUACGGCCUCACGUGGACUGUCCGACCCGACGCCGAGGAAUCGCCCUCCGUUCUCUCCUCGCUUGAUGAUUACGUGAAGCGGAGGCAAGGCCCCUACGCCACUCCCCUGGGCGACCAGAGCAGCGCCUGGGUGAGAGUGAGCGACGCCCCUGGAGACCCACAGUGGCCGGACGUGCAGUACAUGCUGAGUUCGUCGACGCUGGCCACCGACAAGGGCAUCUUCUCGCCGUCUUCCCUGGGCCUCGACCCUGUGCGCUAUCGUUCUUACUUCGAGUCCGUGCUGGGUGAGGAGGGCUUCUCGCUCCAACUCAACCUGAUGCGGCCUUCGAGUCGUGGCAGCGUCACACUCCGCUCGCGAGAUCCCAGGGACUACCCCUACAUCGACUCCAAUUUCCUCAGUCAUCCGGACGACCUGAGAAUCUUGGUGAAUGGUAUAAAAUUCGCCCUGGCCAUCGGAAAUACCACUUCCAUGAAAAACGCGCUUGGGGCUAGAUUUCACGAUAAGCACCUUCCUGGUUGCGAGAAUAUUUACUACGGCACGGACGACUAUUGGGCGUGCUACGUACAACACAUGGCAUCGAGCUACCUCCAUCCCGCCGGCACGUGCAAGAUGGGACCCGAAAAUGACCCUUUGAGCGUUGUGGAUUCGAGACUCAGACUUCGCGGAGUGUCCGGUGUCCGAAUAGUGGACGCCUCCAUAAUGCCUGUAAUCGUCUCGGGCAACAUGAACGCUCCAGUCAUAAUGAUCGGCGAGAAAUCAGCUGAUAUGAUCAAGGACGAUUGGGGAGCUUCGGCUAUACUUAAGGCUUAUUCGUGAUAUUUGAUUCUGUUUUGUUUUUAUUUUUUUUAAAGAUAUUUAUAUUAAAAGUGAAAUAAAUGUGAUGAGAAGA